AUGUGGCGUCUCUCUUUGAAAUCUAACAAAAAUAUAUUUUUUUCUUUUUUCAGAUUUAGGCCAGAAAAUCAGAAACUCGUAGUAAAUAUUGGAGAUCGACUAAACAUCAUUUGUCCAAAUUACACCUCAUAUGUUAAUGAGUCUGAAAUGGAAUAUUAUGCGAUCUACAUGGUGUCAAAAAGCGAAUACGAAGAAUGUGUGAUCUACGACCCUGACAAUGCAAUUCGGUUAAUCAGAUGUUUAAAGUCAAACAGUACGACAUUAUUUACACUUCACGUACGUCAAUUCCAACCGUUUCCCUUUGUACCCGAUUUCGAAGAGGGGAAGAGUUACUAUAUUGUCACAACCUCUGAGGGUCCUUACAGUGGUAUUGCCAACCAGUGGGGUGGCGCCUGCAAACACAGAGGUAUGCGUUUACAGCUAGAGGUAUGCUGUUCAUCAACAACAACUGCUUCAGAUGACAACAGCCCAAAAUACACUGUUGGGAAACGCACAACAUUGCCAAUGAGCUACACAAAAAGAAUUAGCACCACAACCAGAAGAAUUACUACCACCACUCGUCCCUGGACUACGACAAGGCGCUCAACCACUACCACUAGGACAACCACAAGAAAACACCAGUCGAGCUUUGACACAGAGGUUGUUGCUCCAGAUCACAAGCACAAUCCUGAUAUUGGAAACAAAAACUCUGAAAUAAAUGCCACUGGUCCGAAGAACAUGGGUCUUAUCAACAGUUCUGCUUUUCCUCGCUACUCAUGGACUCUGUUAUUUGUUCUAAUUCAUGUCUGCCGGUGGGCCCUCUUAUCACGAUAG